GAUACUGUGUCUUUUAAAUAUAGCGGUGUCGAGUUGUUGUGUGUUAGUAGCUAAUGUUGGCUAACAGGCUAGCUGUGUUGUUAGCUGCAUGCUCUGCAGCACUCACCUCUCUAGUUGUAGCUCAUGUUGGAGGGUUUGAAAUGACAUUUAUUCAAUACAAGGGUGGGCUGAACAUUAGACUGGAGGCUGUGAAAUCUUCACUGUCUCUCUCAUUAGAUAAGGUCUUAACUGAUGUUGACUGCAUGUAGAAAUCUCUCUUGGACAUUUUUAUCGCCCACCUACAGAAGACUUUGUACCAGGAGGAGCUCGCUCUCACCCUCUGCACUCUGCUCUUCUGCCUCAACGGUUUCCUCCAUCCCUCCAUCUCUCUCUUCACCUACUCACAGUCACAGCUUCUUGACAAGCCGACAAACCUCAGUUCCCCUGCACCCAUCUGUUCAUUUCUCCCCCACCCGCUCCUUCUCUCAUUCUUCUCACUGCUCAGGCCCGAUGGAGCUUAAAGAAGUUCUGAAGGUGUUGGAGAAGCUUGCUCCUCUGUCACUUGCUGAGUCGUGGGACAACGUUGGCCUGUUGGUCGAGCCAAGCAAAGCUCGACCUGUUAAAACCAUCCUGCUAACCAACGACCUUACAGAUGCUGUCAUGGAGGAAGCAGAGAACAUGAGCUGUGACCUCAUUAUCUCGUAUCACCCUCCAUUGUUUCGGCCAAUCAAACGUCUAGUUCAGAAAGAUUGGAAGCAACGUUUGGCCAUGCGGGCAGUGGAGGCCGGGAUAGUGAUCUUCUCCCCUCACACUUCAUGGGAUAGUGUUAGGGGAGGGGUAAACGACUGGCUGGUUGGGGGACUUGGUAGCGGCCAGGUGUCUGUGGUGAGUCAGGCCCUCAGUGGCGCCUCCCACAGUCACAAACUGGAAUUCAUGGUCAGGAGCACAGAGGAACUGAACACUGUCAUGGAGGAACUGAAGGCUUGUGAUGGUGGAACAACACUACAGCAUUCAAUUAGCAGACCAGACAUCAGUGGGAUCCAUGUCAGUAUAACCUGCAGUGACUCAGCGCUGACCCCCAUUGUCCAAACUCUGUUACAACACACCACUCCCAGCCAGUCCCUCUGCAUCCUAAAGUUAGAGAAGCCCCCUCUCCUGGGCCACGGCCAAGGGCGACUGAGUGUUUUGAACCAGCCAGUAACCGUGGCAACAGCCAUCCAAAAAAUGAAGUCUCACCUGGGUUUGAAUCAUCUCCGUUUGGCUCUAGGAUUAGGGCAGACGCUAGAGUCCUCUGUGUGUACUGUGGCUGUGUGUGCUGGAUCGGGGGCCUCAGUACUGAAUGGGGUCAAAGCAGACCUCUACAUCACAGGUGAGAUGUCCCACCAUGAAGUGCUGGACGCUGUGGCGAAGGGAACCAGCGUCCUCCUCAGUGAUCACAGCAACAGUGAGCGGGGUUUUCUGGCUGUGUUCAGGGAGAGGCUGGCUGUGCGUCUUCCUGAAAGUUUCACUGUGGUGGUGUCGAAGGCUGACAGAGACCCUCUGGAAGUGGUCUGAACAGUCUGAGCUGUAGUUGCACUAGACCUGAAUCAUCAUCCUUUUUUGGGCAAAUUGCAGAUGUUUUGAUCGGAGUAUUUGUUUUCUUAUAGAAGUAAUGUCUACUUUUUGCAAUUACACAGUAUAUGUGUGACAAUAUGUGUGUAGCGAUUGCAUAAAAAACCCUAUUUUCCAUUCACGCUCUUUAUGUAAAGCUGUCUAGUGGCUGUAAAACAGUAGAACAGUAUUUCUGAAAACAUAAAACUGUGCCUCAUUUAA